CAAAAGCUAACGCCAUUGUCGUCCAGUCUUGGUCAUUUUCGUACGAGUCUUUCUGUUGGAUAAGCGUAGUUGAACCGCACGCGUAAGGCUGACGCUUAAAAUUGCUGCAAUAUUGCUGACAUAACGAAUAAUCAAAAUGCCUAAUAAAUAUUAUGGAGUGGCUAAUGGUCGUUCGACUGGUGUUUAUGAUAAUUGGGAAGACUGCAAAGCUCAAGUUGAUGGAUAUUCUCAUAACAAAUAUAAAAGUUUUGGUACACCAGAUCAAGCUUCUAACUUUGUUGACCAACAUUCGAACGGUGCUGGAAAGUCAUUCGAUAGUAACAGUAAAGCUGUGGCCUAUCGAAGUAACAAUCAAGAUGCAUUGAGAAGUCACAAUGAAAGACAUUUUCAAAGUACUGAUUACAUGGAAGGAAGAGAUGGUUUUGUCGUACGUGAACGUUCUUACACGAGUGGCAGAGAAGGAAGAGGACAAUUUGUCGAUAAACGUACACAUACUUACUGGGAAAAGAAUUAAAGAGUUACCACUAUGAGACUAUUCAGAGAACCUUUUUUUCUUUUUUUUUCUUUUUUGAAGUUUGUAAUAUCUAGAGCAUGAACAAAAAACUUACUCAGUUUAUUGAAAGUUCAGAUCAAUUAAAGAGUUACCAUUAUGAUACUAUUCA